CGGACAUGCAAACGCCUUCAUGCUUGCAUUUAACUUAAUCCGUCCGUGGGGCCAGAUUAGUUCCAUCGGUGUUCAUACCGAGGAACUCCCUCUGAACGGUCUUCUGUGCUACGGCAAGAACGUGACCAUGGCUUUUGGCCGGUGUCCCGUUCGAAGUGUGUUCGAUGAAGCGUUGGUAGAGUUCGAAAAACUGCACCCCAAGCUUGCCUUCUUGACCGGUGAGAUCAUGUCGCUUGAAGAUGCUCCCCAGGCUUACAAGGACUUCGAAGCUCGCAAGAUCCAUAAGGCCGUUUUCAAGCUACCCAGAAUGUGACAUGGUCCUUGCGAGUUUGCGGUUUUCCUAAGGGCAGCCCUUGGCACGCCCGUAGCUCUUAACUGGUGCUCCCAUCUUGUGUAAAUACAUAGGUGUUCUGAAGUCUUUACCCACUACCCCACUUUGAAAUCAC